AUGAAACCUAAUUAAGUCAGAAGAGAAAGCAACAGAGUUCCAUUAGCUAUAGAUACACAGUAGUUGUUAAUCUAAGCUCAAAAUAAAGGAGAACCAAUAAAUAUUAAAGAGGUUUCUAGCCCUAUUCAUUUAAGACCACUUUUAACACCUAAGGCAUAGGGGCUAAAAGAUAAAAUGCUUAAAAUGAAUCCUAAGCACAUGAGUUCAAUUUAUUAAAAGACAAUGUCUGAGUUCAUCCAGAAGGUAGAUACGGACUUAGACAAAGCGAUUCAAAAUAAAAUUAAGGGCAAGGAGAAGGAAAUGCUUGAGAAUAUGAGAAUUAGAUUCUAAGCAUUCAAAAAUUAGAUUAAUAUUUUACAAAAGGUAAUCGCAUCAAAGCUUUAUGAGGGAGAAAUAGGUAAAAGACUGUAGUCCUCUGAGAUAGAAAAAGAGGUACUUAAGAAUAUGAACGAUGAGAUAGCCUCUUCAAAUAAUAAACUUAGAGAUUAAAUUAAGAAGUUCAAAGUAUAAAUAGACAUUUUGGAAUCUGACAAUAAAUUCUACCUUGAUACCAUAAAAUAGCAUAUGAUUUAGUAAAGAUCAUCUUCAUAGACAUUUGCCAAGACUUCAACAUAGGUAUCACCCUUCAAAAAUGAGCCACUAAAUACUGUCAUAACUCAAAAUAAAAGGAUGUUUGAAGUAAACUAAAGUCAACUUAAUAAAAUCUCUCCAUUUAGUCCCAAUAAAACUUCUUAGAAAAUCAAAGAGCUAGAGACAACAUAAGCUGAUCUUCGAAUGUAUAAAAGCUAAAGUAAUAAUGCUGGAUUUGAAGUCAAAGAAUUAAAUCUUAAAUUCUUAGAAUUCUAGAAAUCAGAAUCUACUAAGUUACAAGACCUCAAAUUCAUUUCUCCUUUGAAUAAUCUGAAAUUAAAAAGAAAAGAGAUUGGAACUUAGACUGAAUAAAUACUAGCAUUAUUUGAAAAUCAAACAAUCAGAUCAUCUCAGGAAAUGAAGUCUCCAAAAUCAGAAGUAAUCACUUCACACAAGUAGAGAUCCAUAGCUUCUAAAAGCCCGGAUGAAAACCCUAAUUAAAGCACAAAUAACAAUUACUUCAAAAAUCUAUUUUUCCAAUGCACCAAAGCAAUGGUCCAUGAAAUAAAGCAAAAAGAAUAAGCCUUAAAAAUGCGCAAGGAGAAUUGCAAUAAUCUAUUUUUAACUUAACCAUCCAAUCAAGAAAUAAAUGUUAUCGAUAAUAAUCAGAAUGAUGUACAGAAUUAGAAUAUCACUUGGGAGCAAAUAAGAAAUAAGAGAUUCGCUCAUCAGGAGAAAUUAAAGAUACUUGAAAUGAUGUUCUCAGAUGAAAAACUAAUCAAGAAGCUGUACAAUUUAAUAUUUCUAGAUGAAAACAAAACAGAGGAGACCUAUGAAUCGACAAGAGUAGUCUUAGAAACUCCAUCCUAGAUCAAUAGGUUUGUUAAUUAAAGUAGAAUGACUAGAAGCAGAAUGUAUAGCAAAUCAUCAACUCUUUUCUAGCAUGAUGAUAGCAUAAAAAGUAUGAGCAACAAGAAUCAAGAAUUACUAAAUUCAAUGAUUAAAUUGGACAGCAAUGCAUUAUACAGUCAAUCUCUAAUUUCAUAGUCAAGUGUGCCGGAUUUAUUCAACCUUAAUAAGCCGCUAAUCAAGUAAAAUAGCAGCAAUAGGAGAACUAUCAAAAUUUAGAAUUAAGAAGACCCAAAAAUUUAAUCCAAGCCUUAGAAGUAGAACUAGAGUAUUUUGACGAGGAAUAGACGAGAUAUACUUGAAAUGAAAGCUAUCAAGCACAAAUUAAGGAAAAGUGAUUCCUCCGCUUUUGAUGAUAAUGAAAACCCUAGAAAUCUUAAAUUUCUUCAAAAGAUAAGUCACGAAUAGGCCUAUUUCAAGAGAAGAGAUAUUAAUUUCUAGCACAAGAACAAAUAUAAUCUUUGA